AUGCCACUAGACUGCAGUCAACCUGAAGGGUAUAAAGCGAAGAUGAUUGAGCAACUUCGCCCCAGUACCCGAGAAGAGAGGGAAAAAUGGAUUCAACAGGCGGAUUAUAAUCUUUUUAACCUUCACGGUGAUCAGGUAUAUAUUGACCUCCUUACUGAUAGUGGCACCGGCGCGAUGAGCCACUACCAAUGGGCUGCCUUAAUGCGAGGUGAUGAAGCAUACGCUGGGUCUACUUCUUUUCACCACCUUAAGGAAAAGGUUCAGGAAUUAUUUGGCUUCAGUUAUAUUGUUCCCGUUCACCAAGGCAGGGCCGCCGAGCAUGCAUUAGCCCAAGCGUUGCUUAACGAAGAGAGUGUUGUGCCUGGCAACACUCAUUUUAAUACCACCCGAGCUCACAUCGAAUAUCGCCAAGCAACUGCCAUAGACUGUGCUAUAGAGGGAGCGUUUCAGAUUGAAUAUCAACAUCCCUUUAAAGGAAACGUUAACUUACUUAAACUCGAAGAAGUCCUCCAGUCUUACAGUGGUAAUGUACCGAUGAUUAUUGUAACAAUCACAUGUAAUAUGAGCGGUGGUCAGCCGGUGUCUAUGCACAACUUACGGCAACUAAGAGAAAUUGCUAAGCGCUUUAACGUGCCAGUUAUUAUUAACUCUGCGCGCUUUGCAGAAAAUGCUUGGUUCAUUCAGGAGAGAGAGCCUGGAUAUGGCAGCUGGACAAUAUCAGAUAUCGUCCGGGAAAUGUACCACAACGCCGAUGGUAUGAUAAUAAGCGGCAAAAAAGAUGGCCUGGUGAAUGUUGGAGGUUUAUUUGCAACUAAUAACAGAGAUUUGUUUAAUAAAGUCCGAAAGUAUAUUCUCCUCUGUGAGGGAUAUCAAACAAAUGGCGGACUUACUGGAAGAGAUAUGGAGGCGUUUGCAGUCGGAUUAAAUGAAGUCACUCAACAGAAGUACCUAGAUGACCGCAUCAGUCAGGUAUAUCGGUUUGGAAAGAUGUUGAUUGAUGCGAAUAUUCCUGUCCAGCAGCCUAUUGGCGGUCACGCUAUUGUAAUUGAUGCAUCUGCCUUCUUACCACACGUUUCGCAAGAGGAGUAUGUUGCCCAAACAUUAGCUGUGGAACUUUACGUGGAAGCCGGCAUUCGAGGGGCAGAGAUGGGUGCAUUACUGAGUGGCAGAGAUCCAAUCACUGGAAACAAUCGACCGGUGGCGACGGAAUUCCUCAGACUGGCUAUUCCGAGGCGAACGUAUACGAAUGACCAGCUUGCCUUUGUGGCCAACGCCCUUCGCAGAAUACAUGAUCGGCGUCUCACGAUUACAAGGGGCCUUUACAUUGUACACGAAGACGUAAACUUGGGGCAUCUUACCAUUCAAAUGAUAAGAGCUGAAGAGAAAACCGUAGCUGUCUAG